AUGUGUGCGGAAGAAGGAGCCACAAUCACUGCUUUUAUCUGUCUACCUUUUUGUCUAUCUUACACUCUUCCAUAUCUAUCUAUCUAUCUAUCUAUCUAUCUAUCUGCCUGCGAGCAGCCACAUCACAUUAAAACACCGCGAGUCUAUCUAUCUAUCUAUCUAUCUAUCUAUCUAUCUAUCUAUCUAUCUAUCUAUCUAUUUGGCUACAUUUUGAAUGCUGAUUACUUAAAGAUGACACUAGCAUUUCUCUUUUUUAGAAAACUAACUCUGUCUGUCUAUCUAUCUAUCUAUCUAUCUAUCUAUCUAUCUAUCUAUCUAUCUACUUAUCUCGCAGAUAGAUGUCUGUAUAUCUAUCUAUCUAUCUAUCUAUCUAUCUAUCUAUCUAUCUAUCUAUCUAUCUAUGUGACCUUUCCCCCUCUUUCUAAAACUUUAUUUCUUCAAUGGUUUAUUUGA